AGAAUUGAAAUGCUAAUUGUGAAAUUAGCUAAGAAGAUGAACUGAUGAACUUUAGCGGAUGUGGAUGUGAACCACAACAUGAGAGGUAAACUGUAGUUUUAAACAAAGCUGACAUUCAAUACAAAAUGAGGUAAGUGCACAGGCGUCCCUUUCUUUCUGCCACGUGUCAGUGUUACAAAAAGACCAGAUGUGAUUCUGGAUCACGUCCACUUCUCCCUGAGGCUCAGCCGACUAAUUCCAAACAAAGUCCUAUUUUAUGGAUUGAGCUCUUGCAAGAUUUUUUCCUAAAGAAACUUCCAAAUCACGUUUGGGCCAAAAAACAUGUUUUUUCAUUACUUAUUUCCCCAUCCAGAUUUAAACUAGUCUUUUGAGACAAGCAAUAGGGAAGAAGUUCUUAUGUAACAUGUGAGUCAGAUGUUAAUUUAUUUUUUCAUAUACUUUAGGGAGAGUUGCACUGAUGUCAUAACCGCUUCAUAUUAUCUGCCAUUCUGCACCUGGUCCUGGUUUGUACUGGCAUGUGAGGCAUCUUGUGCCAGAUGAGACACAGACACACACACACACACACACACACCAUUCUUUAAGGCUCCUGAGGUCAGAUUGUUUAUUCCUUCAAAUGGCAGUUUUGGACUUUGGUGUUUUUCCUGAGAGAAAGGGAGAGAGAGAGAGAGAGGGAGAGAGAGGUGGGGGAUAAAUUGCGAGUGUAGAUGUUGGAGUAGCGUCAUUCAACAGGUCUCAGCAUGGAGGUCAGAGGAGUGUGUAUGCUUGUGGGAGUACUACUGCUGCUCAACUGUUCAUUUCAGCAGACUCCAGCAGAGAAGAAGCCCGUAAAAAAAGCAAAGGACGCUGCCAUCGAGGAGCUACGGAAACAGAUCAACGACAUCGUCCAGGAGCUCAACUUGCUGAAGGAACAUCAAGCCCUGCAGACAGUCUGCCUGAAAGGCAAAAAGGUCAAUAACAAGUGUUUCCUCGCCGACACGGUGAGAAAACGCUAUCACGCCGCCACCGAGGACUGUCACGCCAUGGGUGGUGUCCUCGGCGCGCCCACGUCCGGCGAUGAGAACGACCAGCUCAGAGACUACGUCCGCCAGAGCGUCGGCCCGGAUGAGCAGGUCUGGCUGGGCGUCCAAGACAUGGUGACGGAGGGCACCUGGGCGGACCAGACGGGCUCCAGCGUCACAUUCAAAAACUGGGACACCUCCAACUACCGGUCCCCACAGCCAGAUGGAGGCAAGGCCCAAAACUGCGCCGUCCUGUCCGGGGCCGCUGGCGGGAAGUGGUACGACGAGAACUGCCGCGAGGAGAAGCCGUCCGUCUGCCAGUUCAACAUCGUUUGACCACAUGCACCUAAACAGAUGCUUUCCCGGGUCAUGUACGUUUUUCCAACAUGACACACAUCGUUUUCAACUGUUAGGGAUCUGGUGAGGAUUCACUGGCCGCGUCUCCAUAAAACUAGGAUGAACACAGUUAAACGCAGAUUAAAUUAGAUUGUUGUACAGCUAAUCCUAUUUUUGAAGUAAAAUGGUGCGUGUAGCUGGCACCUUACACAAAUUUAAAAACUAGGUGUACCUUUAGUUUUCUUAUAACUCACUGGUUGAGAAUCACUGGUUCAAACCCCGACAUCCUUUUCCCAGUACUGUAUUUUAACGUCAAAAACCAAUGGCGUGAAAACUAUAAGCCAAGAAGUAUAUCGACAUAAAUGGAGUAACAUCUUCAGCCACAUUAUGGAAAUUAUUUUAGUUUGCUAGUCUCCUUCAAUGUAUAGCCUGAAAAUCCAUGAAUAAACUAUGAAAAACCA